AUGGCUAUCGAAACCAACGGAAACACCCACGCAGACGGACGUUCGGAUAGCCGUAUUCAGAACUAUACCAAGUUUUGGCAAAAGGAUACCUCGAAAGAAGCCGAGGUGGAUAAUGCUAACCGACUGGAUAGUUACACCGAAGUCGUCAAUGGCUACUACGACGGCGCCACCGACUUGUAUGAAUGGGGUUGGGCCCAAUCCUUCCACUUUUCCCGCUUUUUCAAGGGUGAAUCAUUCGCUGCCUCCCUUGCACGGCACGAACACUUCCUCGCCGCCAAGAUGAAUAUUAAACCCGGCAUGCGUGUCCUCGACGUCGGAUGUGGUGUCGGUGGCCCCGCACGUCAAAUAGCCAUGUUUACCGACGCGCAGAUCGUAGGGCUAAAUAACAACGAGUUCCAGGUCGGUAGAGCGAGAAAGUAUACGAAAAAUAUGGGAUUAGAGGGGCAGGUUAGUUUCGUGAAAGGUGAUUUCAUGAAGCUUGCGGAACAGUUUGGGGAGGGCUCGUUCGACGCUGUUUACGCUAUUGAAGCGACAGUACACGCACCUACGUGGGAGGGUGUUUAUGGGGAAAUCUUCAAGGUCCUCAAACCAGGAGGAGUGUUCGGCGUAUAUGAAUGGUGCAUGACCGAUGCCUGGGACCCCUCAAUCCCUGAACACAAAGCCCUGGCGCACGAAAUCGAACUAGGCAACGGUAUUCCCGAAAUGCGUUCCCUCAAACUCGCCCGGUCUGCCUUGACCACCGUGGGCUUCGAGGUCGAGUACGAAGAGGACUUGGCUGAACGUAAAGACCACGUGGAGUGGUAUUACCCUUUGGAGGGUGACUACAGUAAAGCCCAGACGGUGUAUGAUCUGUUCACUGUUUGGCGGACGACGUGGUUCGGGAUGUUUGUGAUGCAUAAUAUCUUUUGGUUUUUGGAGUUGCUUGGGGUGUUGCCCAAGGGGACGAUUGAGGUGGGUGCUGCGUUGAAGGUUGCGCAGACGAGUUUGAUCAAGGGGGGUCAGACGAAGCUGUUUACACCAAUGUAUCUUGCUAUCAGUCGGAAACCUGCAAAGUCGGAGUAG